CCCCUACGUCAUGAUGAAGAAGAAUUCCGAGCAGUUUCAAGACAAUGACCGUUAUGAAGGUUAUUGCGUAGAUUUGGCUGCAGAGAUUGCAAAGCAUUGUGGUAUACGUUACCAGCUCAGGAUUGUGGGGGAUGGCAAAUACGGAGCGAGAGAUGCAGAAACCAAGAUCUGGAAUGGUAUGGUUGGAGAGCUGGUGUAUGGGAAAGCAGAUAUCGCAAUUGCUCCUCUGACCAUCACUCUUGUUCGUGAAGAAGUGAUAGAUUUCUCCAAACCAUUCAUGUCUUUGGGAAUCUCCAUCAUGAUCAAGAAGCCGCAGAAAUCCAAACCAGGAGUCUUCUCCUUUCUGGACCCACUCGCCUAUGAAAUCUGGAUGUGCAUUGUCUUCGCCUAUAUAGGAGUUAGUGUGGUUCUCUUUCUGGUAA